AUGAAAUUCGAAUACGCGCCAGAUGAGGUGCCUCAAAAGGUCGUCAAGGUUCUGAAACGGUUUUCUUUGCAUCAGAGCAAAGAUGGUCAAGAAAUUGGGAAGGUGUUUGAUUCUGUGCCGGAGAAGUUGAAGGUUGAUAUUGCAGCAAACCAACCAAUUACUAUGGUUUUGCCUGCAUUUCCGUGGAAAAACCCCAACCUGGACAAAGUACUGGGCAAUGGGGCUGAUUUAGGAGACGAAUUGGGUCUGGCAAGCCUGAAUCACCUGUGUGAGGAGAUAUCAACAGUCUAUCCCUACGGUGCCCGUCUGAUCCUCAUCUGUGACGGGGCUGUGUACAAUGAUUUGGUUGGUGUUCCUGCCAACGAAUAUUACGACUAUGGCAUUCAGCUGCGAAAAAUCGCCCAUGAGAAACGCUUUUCUUCAAUCCAUUUCAUUCGGUUGAUGGAUCUGCUGUCACUUGGUGAUGGCGAGAAGGUCUCCAAGGCUGAUUAUCUGCGUCUCGUUCCCAUCUGCCGCGAAAGGCUGAUGUCGCCCCCAUACUUUGAUCCAAAAUUCGACGUAGACCAGGAGCUGAAGACAAACCCCGAUACCAUGGCAACCUAUGAGGGCUACUUUAGUCGCAUCUCCGAGGAUCUGAAAUGGGCCAAGGGAUUGGACCCUGUUGUGGCAGCUGAUCCAGCGCUGUACGCGACAGAAGUGUCCGAGGUGGCGAAGACCAUGAUCAACCGGCUUAUUGCAUACGAGGCGGUAAUUCACACCACACUGGGAAAACAUAUUCGAUUGUCAAUUCAUCCUUCUUCGGGACGAAACAAGAUUUCCAUACCACUGUUACGCCAGGGGGACCUGUUUGGUGACAUGCCUUGGCACGCCAGUGUGGUGGUACUAUCAAAUGGGGAGAUCAUGACGGGAAAGUCCCGAGAAUUUCGCAGGUUGUAUGAGGUGGUCAUGAAGCACGGCAGACCAUAUUACUUUCGAGAGCGGUCCCCAAUGUAUGAGUGGUCUGCAGAUGUGAUGUUCCAACAUGAUUACGCUGGGUUGAUCGCGAAGAAUCCUCACCAGAGGCCUCAGGUGCUUGGAAGGGAUGAUCGCUUGAGGCUGGCUCGUUUGAUCGUGUGUCAGAAAAAGUCAGUGCGGGUGGAAGGCUUCGAGGUACCGAAUGAUGCAUGA